AGCGGUGAAGAGGCAGGCGAUUACGACUGCUCAGCGGAUCUCAUGGUGUGCACAGGCGGCGUGGGCCAUGCGCUCGAUGCACGCCUGGGACGUCAUCCACGCAGAUCUCCACCUCGGCAAUAUACUCGUCGAUUGCGAUUUGAGAAUCAAGCUUUGAGACUUCGAAUAUGCAUCCUUUCCUGGCAACUACCCGGAAUAGCCUCUGUCAGUCGUCAAUUGUCCAUCAAGGACUUUCGCGACCCGGUGUUGGAUCGAAACGAGUUCAUGCAGGUGGACAUCUAAUUGUCUUGGUAGUCUUCUGUAUUGGAUCCUGACAGGACACUCUCCAUUUGAAGGCAUCGAAGAGUAUGAGACACCUGCCGACACUAAGCAUCCUCACACUGGAUAUUUGGCAAGGAAAAGUCCGAGAUACGGGGGAGAUACAUCACCAAGUAGCUGCCAACAUUCCACUUCCAACCGACUUGUAGUACUCAGUUGUUAACCUUU